AUGGCAACGGGGAAUCACUAUUCUGUGACUGAGUUUAUUCUCACUGGACUGACAGAGCAACCUGAACUCCAGAUGCCCCUGUUUUUCCUGUUCUUGGUGAACUGUUUAAUCACUGUGGUGGGAAACUUGAGUUUAAUGAGUCUUAUUUGCUGCAAUUCAAACCUUCAGACACCUAUGCACUUUUUUCUCUUCAAUCUGUCUUUUAUUGAUUUGUGCUAUUCAUUUGCCUUUACUCCCAAAACACUAAUGAGUUUUGUCUUAGAGAAGAACAUAAUUUAUUUUACAGGAUGCAUGACACAGCUGUUUUUCAUGUGCCUUUUUGCCAAUUCAGAGUGCUAUUUGGUGACAGCCAUGGACUAUGAUCACUAUGUUGCCAUCUGUCAACCCCUGCUGUACAUGAUCAUCACGUCUCCUAUGACAUGUUCCCUGAUGAUGUUUGGUUCAUACUUGAUGGGAGGUAUUGGUGCAAUUGUCCAUACAGGGUGUAUGAUCAGGCUCAACUUUUGUGGUUCAAACAUCAUCAACCAUUACAUGUAUGAUAUCUUCCCCCUUCUCCAGCUCUCCUGCAGCAGCAUCUAUGCCAAUGAGCUUGUGAGUUCUGUUUUUGUAAGCACAGUAGUUCUUGCAUCUAGCUUUCUCAUCUUAACCUCCUAUGCUUUGAUUCUUUUUAAUAUCACUCAGUUAUCAGGUAAGGGUUUGUCCAAAGCCAUGAGCACCUGUAGUUCUCACAUAAUGACUGUUGUCCUAUUUUAUGGAUUUGCUAUGCUUACACAUGUCAAAACAUCAUCUGAUGAAUCUGUGAAUCAGGGGAAUUUUUUUUGUCUAUUUUGUACAUUUUUGGUGCCUUUGCUGAAUCCCUUUAUUUACAGUCUCAAGAAUAAGGAAGUCAAGCUUGCUCUAAAGAGAACACUGAGGAGACUCACAGUGAGUGAAUCACUGGGACUGCCAUAG